UUAAAAAUGUCUCCUCCUCCAAUUUUCAGAAAUUACCUGUAUGGUAAAAUUUUAGUUGAUCAAAUUUAGGUUAUGUUUUCCAGAAGCAGACAUAGCUUUUAAGUUAGCACUUUUUUUUUAACUUUAAUUAUCAGACUACUAUCUAGUCAAUUGUUCCUUGUAAUUAAAAAAGGGAGAAAAAAGCAGUCACUUCUUUCAUUUAGAAAAAAAAUAAAUAAAUUUACACAUUUAUAAACUCCUGUUAUACAGGUGUCAGUACUGCUGAGAGGCAUGAUGACGUUUCGUUCUCAGUAAAUAUCAGUUUUCACGAUGUGGUUCUUAUUUGUCAAAGGAUCUUAAUCUAUUUGGAGGCGGUGCUUUUGUAUGUCUUCUUCUUGUAUGUCAGAAGAUAACCCCGCCAUUUUGACGAGGCUGUAUCCGCCCUGGAGAAGGAUUCUGAGGUGACUCUAAAGUUUCCUUGCUGCACUGGUAAUAUUGCAAUGAAGUUCUGGUGACCAUAUGCUGAUCCUACAAAAUCUCAGAAACAAUGGCAGACAAUGUUUCAGAAAUAAUGGAAAACAAAAAUAAGGUGUUCAAUGAUCCCAUCCAUGGCAAUAUCGAGCUGCACCCAGUCCUUGUCAAGAUCAUCGACACGCCUCAGUUUCAGCGACUUCGAAACAUCAAGCAGCUUGGCGGAGCAUAUUACGUUUAUCCUGGAGCGUCCCACAACCGCUUUGAACACAGCAUUGGGGUGGCGCACUUGGCUGGAGAACUUCUUCAGUCUCUCAAAGGGAAUCAGCUAAAUCUUGGAAUUGAUAAGAGGGACGUCCUUUGUGUGCAGAUUGCUGGACUUUGCCAUGACCUGGGACAUGGACCAUUUUCCCACAUGCUUGAUAUAAUGUUUAUACCUAAAGCACGUCCUGGAUAUAACUGGAGGGUGUUCAAACUGUACAACAUGUUCUACACAAGGUUCUCUUUGCACAAAAGAGCCUACCAGCACAAAGUGGCCAACAGCAUAGAGUGGAUGAUCAGAGAUGCUUUUCUGAAAGCAGAUAAGCACAUGGAGAUCAAAGGCAAGGAUGGGAAGAAGUUCACACUCUCCACAGCUAUUGAUGACAUGGUGGCAUAUACUAAGCUGACUGAUACUGUAUUUGAUCAGAUAUUGAACUCCUCCUCUGUGGAGCUUCUGGAGGCAAGAGAAAUACUGGCAAGGAUAAUGCAAAGAAAGCUCUACGUGUGUCUGGGAGAAUUUACACAACAGCCUCAGGCGAAUAUUGAAGUAUUUUUGUUUAAUUGUAAAUCUGUCACUUCGUACAUUUCAAACGUAAUCAGUAACACUGUAAUUAUAGUUUGAUUUUUAAGUAAAAAUCUGGAAGUUGUAACAUUUUAUGCGAUUUCUGUUUAGGCUCAAUGGAAGACACAUCUCAGAGGAGGAAACCCAGAUGAUUAUGUAGUGGAAUUAGUCAAGUAUAACUAUGGAAUGAAGACAGAAGACCCCAUAAAACGUGUGAGGUUCUACAAAAAGCAAAACCCAGAUGAGGCCGGGCCUAUCGACAAAGCUGAGGUAUCUCUACUUCUUCCAGAGCACUUUGAAGAGAAGAAGUGUAGAAUCUACACAAAGAGAACAAAUAAAGAGGAUCUGGAGGCUGACAGAAAGCUCUUUAACACAUUUGGCCCUGCAAAACCACGUCAAGCCUGAGGUAUUUCUGUAGGCUGUAAUCAGGGGCGCUGCCAGGAAUCUUGGGCCC